AUGACCUCCGGUGGGGAAGGCAGCAAGGCUCACGAGGGGCCACCGAGUUGGGAUGGAGACGCUGGCAGCUUCCAAGAGUAUGAGGAGAGCAGCCUACUCUGGGAGCAGUCGGUAGCAUACGAGAAGAGAUAUCUUUGCGGGCCAAAACUGGCCGCGGCACUCAAAGGUGUGCACACCUUGAUGCAGCACCUGAGGGCCGCACUCGGCCGGCCCCAGAUCUCCGACCUGACCGACUACCUGAGCAAGUACUUCAAGGGAUCAAGAAGACGCAACAAUGAAGAUAUCAACAGCUACAUCGCCCGAAAGAGCGAGAUCUACUUGAGGGCUUGCCAGGCGUUGCAGCGCGUUAGUCCACUCCAACCCGGCGAGACCAACAAGGCUAAAGGCAGGACUUCUACAUCCUGGGCACCAUCGUGGAACUCAAGCAGGCGCAGUAGCUACGACUACACGCCUGCCGAGGAGGCGACCGAGGACCAGGACGAGGCACCAGCAACAGAGGCGACGACCGCCUCCACCGAGGACCGAUCAUGGAGCUAUUGGCAGCGCGGCCAGUGGAACUACGGACACCAGGAGUGGGGCUACUCUUGGUGGGGUAGUCCGUGGUACAACCACUGGACUUGGAACAAGGAGCCCGUGGAGGAGGCCCCAGCGAUGCCCGAGCUCCUCCCGAACUACGUCCAGGGGUGGUACCUACUCCAUGAUUCGGGUUUGACAGCCCAGGAGAAGAACAGUGUUCAAACGGCUCUCCAAGGCGAUUUUCGCUAUGACCGGGUGGCCCAAGAACUUCGGAACCAAUGUGCGGUUCUCGACGGCCAGCGCCGAGAAUACCAUCCGAAGAACUCGGGCUACAUGGGCGAGCUCUACGACGAGGAGCCGGACGAGGACGAGACGCAGACCAUGGAGACCGACCCGAUCCUGGAGGCCGAGCACCAGGAAGAAUGGCAUGAAGCGGAAGAAGAUGCUCAAUCCGCCCUGGCCGCGAUCAACCAGGGCAGGCGGACGCUGAAGGAAGCGAGACAAAGACAGAACAAUGUACGACUGGCGAGGCAGUACUUUCGCACCAAUUCUGGAGCAGGGCAACGAGAUGGAGGAAAAGGACGAGAUGAGAAAAUGACGUGCCUGCGAUGCGGCCGAACCGGCCACCGCGUCGCUAACUGCCCUGAUCCACCAACGGCUGCAGCAAAAAGUGCCGAACCAGUGGCUGCUACCUCUUCCUUUGUCUGCUUCUGUGAUCAGCCCCAAGCCCUCACCGUGGAGCAGAGUGCCGAGGACAACUCCAACUACAUGCAAGCAAUGAUGAGCGGCAUCUCCACGGCCGACGCGGUCUCACAAGGAAAGGCCGUGAUCGACGGCGGAGCCACGAAAACUCUGGCUUCAAUCAACGCAAUGGAGCGGAUCAUGCAGCUGAACAACCUCAAGAGUGGUCAUUCAGGACUGAUCUCAGUGGACACCACUGAGAGGUCCACUGCCUCGACCGAGGCACGGGGCCAAUGCGGUAGCUAUCCUCGCCCUCAACUCGCCAAGGGCAGCAUGCCGAAGGCCACCAAGGAGGACCUACGCAUGGAGCUGAUGAACCACGGCGAGGUGCCGCCACAAAGCUGGACAAUGGUGGAGUUGAACCAACGACUCCGAGAACUCCGAGAGCAAGGACUGUUGGAGAACGAGGAGGCGAGCCCCAACUCCACCAUGGAAAAGAUGCUCAAGGACUUACGCCGAGCCAGCAAGCUCAAGGCGAACCUGACCAAGUACUGCACCGAGGUGCUCAAGCUCGAGCUGACGGGGAACGAGGUGAUGGCGAAGAUGAUCGACAAGGCGACCAAGGAGAUCCGCCGGGUGUGCCCAGCCGAGGCCAACGACCUGGCCGGCUUCGGCAAACAUGCCAACGAGCGCUACGUUGCCAUUGCCACGCAGUAUCAGGACUAUGCGACUUGGGUGAAAACUACGUUCCAGGAGAGCGGCGAGGACCAUGUGGAUCCCAGAUUGGCACGGCUUGCCAAGUGGCUGCUGCAGAUGGACCGGAAGCCCACUCCAAAGGCCCCGCCAGUCACGCGCAAGGAGCAGGGCUACAUGAAGAUGCAGAUCCCGAGCACCUCAAGCCAUGUGUCAGGUCGCGCAGGGUCGAGCCGAGCCAGCACCGACCCCACCAGUGCGCAGGCGGUGAAGAUGAUGCAGGAAAUGGCCGAAGCGAUGGAGUCGAUGCGCCAGGAGCUUGCCGAGGUGAAGGGCCAACGACCACGCAAGACCGCGGGGAACACCGAAGAGGGCCAGCUCACCGACGGGCAGCUCUCCCCAGGCCAAGCGCGAGCCUUGGAGAGGCAAGCCUGGUCUGUAGUUCCCGACCUUUUUCAGUCCCUUGUAGGCUUCCAGAGACCGUGCCUCAUGGAGUGUGCGUGUGAGGCCGACAACCUACUUGCCAGCACUGUUCAGUCUGUGGCAAAAAGAGAGGACGCAGUGACUCAGUGCUACUUGAACAAUGGAUGUGAUCUGUCUACCGAUGAGGGUGUGCGACUUGUGUUGAGCCGCAUUGAAGUUGAGCAGCCGCAACACAUCUGGUUGCGACCUCCCAGUGGACCCUUCUCUCCCAUGCAGGGACCGAAUCAGGCCAACAAGGAACAGGCGGAAAAUUUGAAGGAGAAGCGUAGGCAUGCCAUGAGGGUCUUUGUAGGUUGCGCAUGCGUGAUACACUGUGCUGUGCAGAAGGGCAUCCAUGUGACCUUUGAACUGGCAGACCGCUCAGAUGCUUGGUACCUUGUUCUAGGUGUUUAUGCCUACGGUAACCACUACGGAGUGACCAAAGUUACCCGACAACUGCCCCAGACGUGUCAGUACAUCCUUCAGUAUUUGCAGCACUGGUCCCAGGACAACAUUCAGUGUAGCAGCAUCAUCGUGAACGACAAUUGUCAAAUGCAAGUGCAUAGGGAUGUCAACAACCUCCCACAUACCCUGAACCAUCUGAUUGGAGUGACUCCAUACCAACAUGGAGAAAUGUGGCUGGAAGGCCCCAGCACAAAUCCCAACCAUCCUUCCUUAAACCUCCAGCUACCCACAGGCGAGUACAAGUCAGGACACCUACGACGGACCCGACACCAGGUUGUGCCCUUUGAUGCUCGGAAGUGGCAUGCCACGCAACCGUGGCACGGCCACAGAGUGACCGUCGGAGGCUACACCAGCAGAGGGGUUCUUCACUUGAGUGUUGAGGACGUUCAGUGGUUGAAGGCUUGUGGGUUCCAGUGGCAAGAGGGAAGACAAGGUGCUGAGGCUAGGGCUGUGUUUCGGGGGGAGGCUAAGAAGGGAAGUAACGUUGAAGAGGAAAUCAAACGUAAGUUGUAUCUCCUUCAUGCGGCGACGGGACAUGGGAGCACGAGGAACUUAGUUGAGGCCCUCAAACGUCGUCACGUGGACCCCUUAGUUCUUAGGUUAGCCGAAGAAUUUCAGUGCCCCAUCUGUCACGAACGAAAGAAAGCACAGCCGAGACAGCUGGCGUCCUUGGAACCAUUGCCUCCCAAAUUUCACACUAUCACGGCCGAUAUUGGCCAUUGGAACUGUCCCCAUAGUGGGGAAACCCAGAAUUUCAUGAUGGUGGUUGAUGAAGGGUCACGAUUUCGAGUGGCAAAAAUCCUUACCAAGGGCAACAAGCAAACUCCCAACGCCGCCACAUGCCUCAACUUUCUGUCUGAGGGCUGGAUCCAAAUUUUCGGGAAACCACGAGCUUUGAGGCUCGAUCCGGCAGGCAGUUUCCGUUCGGCAAGUGUAGAGAACUUCUGUGAUCGCAAUGAGAUAUAUCUGGAUAUCAUACCGGGGGAAGCACAUUGGCAGAUUGGAACUGUGGAGAACGCGAUUCAAGGGUUGAAAACAGUUAUGACAAAACUCAGUGCGGAAGACCCAAGCUUGUCUGCUGAACAAGUCAUGAGCUUGCCUUUUAACACGUUCAAUCAGCGCGAGCUGGUGAGAGGAUUCUCACCGGUCCAUCAUGUUCUGGGUAGCGCCCCAGACGAGACGGGACGGCACCUACACUCAGAAAGACCGCAGCCUCCAGAUGUGAUUCUGAAUCAACUUCUACAAGAUUUUCGGAAGGAGGCCGAGCUACGAGCUUCAGCGGAAAAGGCGCUAGUGGAGUGGCAAGCACAACAGAGAGUGAGUCGUGCAGUGAAUUCUAGAACGAGACCGAGCCACCUGUACCAUCCGGGGGAUCUCGUCUACUUUUGGCGCACCCAGGAGUCUGGGCGCGGAAAGCGCAGUCCCAACACAACGCAAGGCCGGUUUUUGGGACCGGCGCGCAUAUUGGCCAUGGAAACCAGACGGUCUACUGACGAUGAGCCGCGCCCGGCUCACUCUGUGUGGGUAGUACGGGGGCGACAUCUCAUGAAAUGUAGCCCCGAGCAGCUGAGACCUGCCAGCCAAAGGGAGGAAUUGGUAGAGUCCUUGGCCACCAGGGACCAGACACCCUGGACUUACAUGAGACUUGCUGAGGAGAUAGGUGGUAGCCAGUAUGAAGAUAUCAGUACAGAGGUGCCAUCCGAGCAGGAGUGGCAGCGAGCUCAAGAUGUCCAAGAAGAGGUGUCACCGCCCAGGACCAGGAUCCGCGGCAAGCGGGCCGCGCCACUCCCUGACGAAGACCUGGACCUCGAGGAUCCCGAGGCAAGAGAACCCAGUCAACCGAGCAAUAUUCGACGAGUCGGACAACCACCAGGCCCUCGCCACGAUGGACUCUCUGGAGAGAAGUGGCAGGCUUCCGUGGCCGAGAGUGCUUGGGCAGCAGAGGAAACUUGCUAUUGGGCCCAAGAAGAGGCGGCAGUGGCUAUCGAGAUUGAGGUUCCCCAGAGCAAUCGUGGAUGGGAGAAGUUUCUGAAUAAUCCUCAAGCCUACUUCGUGGGGGCACUACGAAGACGAGCGGUUGAGGUAAGCGAAAAGCGAUUGACCGCUGAGGACCGCGUGAAGUUCCAGGAGGCGAAAGCCAAAGAGGUGCGCAACUUUAUUGCAGCACAGGCCUUCGAAGCACUCCCAGAUCACUUGAAGCCAUCAAAGGAUCAGGCGAUUGGUAUGAGGUGGUUGCUUACUUGGAAGACACAGGAUGAUGGGAGUGUACGUCCGGAGGCCAGGGCCAUACUGCUUGGCUACCAGGACCCGAACUACGAAUUUAGAUCCACUACUUCACCAGUCAUGUCGAGGCAGACCCGACAGCUGUUCCUACAGGCAGCCGCCAACCGUCAUUGGCGAAUCCAAAACGGAGACAUCACUGGAGCAUUUCUUCAAGGAAGGGAGUAUCCUAGUGAGCUGUUCUGUAUUCCAUGUGAUGAAAUCCUGGAAAGCAUGAACCUACCGGCAGGCACGGUUACGCGCUUAAAAAGGGCAUGCUACGGUCUUGUGGACGCUCCUUUGGAAUGGUAUCGGACGAUAGCUGAGUUUCUGGAGUCCAUUGGCCUUACGAGGUUGUGGAGUGAUGCCUGGUCAAUUAAGAUGUUGGUGACGGGUCAUGUGGAUGAUUUCCUGUUUGGGGGCUCUGAAGAAGAUCAAGGCUGGCAGGAGAUUAUUCGUUUGAUUAAAGAGAAGUUUAGGUGGGGAGAUUGGGACCAGGACAAAUUCGUUCAAUGUGGUGUGCAAAUAGAAACUACCAGUGACGGCUUUACCCUCUCCCAACCUCAUUACCUCUCCAAUCUCGAGGAGAUACACAUCAAUGCCACACGCCGUAAGGACCGAAAGGCCGAGACGACAGAGUGGGAGAAAACCCAGCUCAGGGCUUUGCUUGGAGGACUCAGCUGGUUUGCCCAGCAAACAGGACCGCAUCUUGCAGCCGAGGUAAGCAUGAUGUUGUCUGCUGUGUGUGAGUCACGAGUUGAGACGAUCAUUGAGGCGAAUCUUCUUCUCCAGCAUGCUAAAGAACGAAAGAAUCACUUCUUGCAGAUUUUCAGGCAUAAGGAUGAGGACAUGCAGUUUUAUGCCUGGGUUGAUGCCGCAAACAAGAACAGGGCCCGUGAAGGAAGCACCCAGGGUGUCUUCAUCGGGGCCUCAUCGAAGCAGCUUCUGCAGGGAGCAGUUUGUGCAGUGUGCCCCAUGUCAUGGAGCUCGACAAAGAUUGAUCGUAGUUGCCGCAGCCCGGGCUCAGCAGAAACCCAAGCAGCAGUAAAUGGCGAAGAUUCGCUAUUUUACAUGCGGUACCAAUGGGCCGAGAUGCAGUUUGGCAAGGUCAACCUGCAAGCACCCUCCGAGACCGUGAAGCAGGUGGACGGCUGUUUAAUCACGGACUCCCGGAACGUCUACGACAAGUUGAGUACCGAGGUGUUAACGGUGCAGGGCGCAGAGAAGAAGGCAAAUCUGGAACUGCUCAGCGCCAAGGAGUCCCAGAUGUCCACUAAUCUGAAAGUGAGAUGGGUGCAUUCUGAAGCUCAGUUAGCCAACGCUCUCACCAAAAAGGGCGGGAAGGAACUCGAGCUCUACUACAAGAUGCGCUUCAUGUGGCGGAUAGUGGAGGACCCAGCUAUGCGCUCGGCCAGACGACGACGUCAAGAGGGACUUCAGCCUUUUGACCAGACUCAAGUGUCAGAUAAUGCUAAUGAGACUCCUGAAACCCAGGGGAGUGGGGGGCAUGCAAGUGAUUGA